UGCUGGUGUUACUUAAUCUGUCAAAUUUAACCUAACAACAUAACUGACAACUAAGAAACUUUAGGAGUUGUUUUAGAGCUCCUCUUCUGAUUAUCAGAACGCUGAAGAAGAAAAAUAAAUGGCACUAACCGUUGAACAAUGCGAUAUAUUACUUAACAUUUUGGAAUUGGGAAAUGUUCGUUCACAUUCAGUGGAAGCCCUGAUAGCGGAUUUCAAAAAGAAGUUUGAUCCUGUAGACAAUUUUAAAGUUGGCUCAUGUUUAGUUAUGUUGUUGCAACAGGAACUGCUUCCAGAACCAGAUCAAAGACUGGUAGCAAUCACAAUACUUCAUGAACUCUACCGUGGAGAACUUAUUGGAUCUAUACCUUUUGGCCCUGUUUUUAUGCACUUGCUAAAUCCCCCUGAACAUCAGAGUAAUGUUGGUGCACCUAAAUUAGAGUAUCCUGGUCAAUUACCAAGGCUGUCACUAACAGAAAAAUCCUUUGUAACACAAUUAAUAUCAGAAGGAGCGAAAGAUUUAUUGAAAAAAACAGCAAGUCAAAUUCUUAAUAUAAACUUCCCACCAUUCGUGCCAUAUGAUUUUUCAUAUGAUCAGUUAAGUUUAGUGGAAAAGCAGUCUGAAUUACCACAGACUUGUAAAUGUGGCAUACCAGCCCUUAUAUCUUUUCCAGAAAAAACGGUCAACAGCUAUGCAACAGAAUCAACACCCACUGAUUUGUUAAUUAAGAAAAUAGCAACCGGCGAUAAUGCACCAAUAAACAAAAUCUACAAACCAGAGUUUGUAACAUUAGCACCACCACUAUUAAAUCAUGAUGAUGAACUUGUUUGGUUUAAUCCAACUUGGCCCAAAAUCCAUUCAAUCGCAUACGAUUCCACAAUGUGCGUACCGGACACAUCAGGUUUGGAAGCAAAACAACUCAUGAACAAAGCAUAUAAAUCAGCUCUUCCCCUGGGUGAACAACAAAAGCUCAUCAGUGAACUUAAAACUGAUUCAAAGCUGGUGUACCACAUUGGAUUAACACCAUCUAAGCUUCCAGAGUUAGUGGAGAACAAUCCAAUAAUAGCAAUAGAAGUUUUGUUAAAAUUGAUGCAAUCUAAACAGAUCACGGAAUAUUUCAGCGUGUUAGUUAAUAUGGAAAUGUCACUUCAUUCAAUGGAGGUUGUUAAUAGACUGACGACAACGGUUGAUUUGCCCACAGAAUUUGUGCAUCUGUACAUUUCCAACUGCAUUUCAACCUGCGAGACAAUAAAAGACCGAUACAUGCAAAACAGACUAGUCCGACUAGUCUGUGUGUUUUUACAGUCACUUAUAAGGAAUAAAAUAAUAAAUGUCCAGGAGCUGUUUAUCGAAGUUCAGGCGUUCUGUAUUGAAUUCAGUAGAAUAAGAGAGGCUGCAGCACUAUUCAGGCUGUUGAAACAAUUAGAAUCUGGCGAAAUUGGAAUGGUAUCGUCUCCAACGGCCAGUACGAAAGGCAAAAUGGAUGCAUGACAUAACGUAAACGUUAAAUCGAUUGGGUGAGAUGUGAAAAUUGUUGGGAGAAACCAUUCAAAAGUGUAAUUUAUUUUUAUAGACAAUUGUGAAAUUGAUGAUUGAAUAAACUAUUAAAUUGAAUUAA